AUCGUGAAGGCGCGGAGUGUUCAACACAGUAUGCAGCCUUUUAGAAUUCAGUGACGUUCAAACAUUCCAAUGCGUUUUUAGUUAUUUUGGAGAGCAACAAAUCAAUUUAGGAGUUGUCAACAGAUUAGUCGCCUGUAUUUAGCAUGGGGCUGCAGCAGCAGUGUUCUCAAUUGCGCACUGUGCGCGUUUUCUUACAUAUGUAUCUUGGCUUUAACACUAAGCCACAUCUUCUAUAGAAACAGUUAGUGCUUUAGAGUAAACGAGUUAUUCUGCGCACUUGAGGCGACCUCCUCGAUGUGUCUACAUGUUAUGAACGAGUGAACAGCAUCCACUGGUGCCAGCAGUCUGACAAGAAAAGUUCAGGACAGUCCUGCAGGAUCCAGAAGAGGGGAGAGUGAGAGAGAGCAACAAAUCAACAUGACAAAACACUGGGGGGGCAGCAACCUUCUGCAUGGGCAACCUACCCUCGCCUACCUGCACUCGCCCUGCUACAGCCCCAGAACCUUCUCUGAACUUCAACUUGAGUGGCCACCACCACCGCCCCAGCACCACCGCUACUCCAGCUCGGCGCACGUUGAUUAUUUCCGAGCAGCCGUCGCGGCCAGGCACAGUUUUGAGUUGAAUUCCCCUCCACCGUGGGCCGCUUACGGUAGCCCCUGGCCGGCGGAUCUCCGGCCAGCGAAGGCAGCCUCAGCUGGCUCUAUCAUAGAGCAGAUCAUGCAGCUGGAACCCAACGCCAAUAUGACCGUCUCAGUCCAGCAGAACAAGGGCGCACCUGCGAAAGAGGUGCGUAACAACGGGUACGAGGCAAAUGAGGAUAGCGAGGACCAGGACAAGAAAUGGGUAGAGGACAAGUGCGCAAAAAACGGAAAAAAGAAAAACUACCAGCGCUACCCCAAACCUCCGUACUCCUACCUCGCCAUGAUAGCCAUGGUCAUCCAGAAUUCCCAGGAGAAAAAGCUGACCUUGUCUCAGAUCCUGAAGGAGAUCAGCACCCUCUUCCCGUUCUUCACAGGGAAUUACAAGGGCUGGCGGGACUCUGUGCGGCACAAUCUCUCCUCCUACGACUGCUUCGUCAAGGUCCUGAAGGAUCCAGGAAAGCCCCAGGGGAAAGGAAACUUCUGGGCGGUUGAUGUGUCGCGCGUUCCUUUGGAUCUGCUAAAGCGGCAGAACACGGCGGUGUCGCGACAGGAGGAGACAGUCUUCGCGCAGGACCUGGCACCCUAUAUCCUGCACGGGCAGCCCAGCGGACAGGACCAGCUCCAGCUCGAGGACUCCACUCCCCCUAGUGAGCCGGCCCCCGCCAUCCGCCUCGACUCCGAAGACCAGUACCGCCCCAAACUGGACUCGUCCUUUGCCAUCGACUCCCUGCUCCAUAGCUUCAAGCCCGGUGCUGGAGAGAAGCUGGGUGAACACUGCAAGCAGGGGGAACAGAGACUCCAGGGGCAGGGGGGCUGGGAGCCGAGACCCUUCUUCCACGAAUCGGAGCCCUUCCCCCGGCCUCAGUCCAGCAUGGGCUACUCCUCCUCAGAGUCCCGCAGCCUCCGUUACUCCUCACGGAGCACUUCAGGCAGCUCGGUCAGCCCUGCUUCCUCCUCCUCUUCCUCGGAAGACUCUAGCUGGAGGAGCGGGCUGGUGGCACACAAGCGCCCCAGACCGUUGCCCGUGGGAGGAGAGGGGUCCGAUUCGGAUAGCUAUGAGGACUGCCCCACGCCUCUGAAGUCAGCUAAGAGGACCCCUGCCCCCUGGGAGCUGCCUACAUCCUACACCAAAUACGCGCCUCCCAAUGCAGUGGCUCCUCCCAGCAUGCGCUUCCCCAGCAACCCCUUUCUGCAGCUGGGGGGCCUGCCCUUCUAUAACUACCGGCCCUCUCCUGCUGCAGCCUAUGUGGGCCCUGCUUACUGGUCCUUCCUGCCCAGACCCGGUGUCCCUCUGCAGGCCUGCCACCACCGGCAGCCCCCUGCCCUCAUGGAUCUAGACAACCUCCUCCAAUCUGUGCCCCCCAACAAGAGUGUGUUUGACGCACUAGUGCCCGAGAUGCCCGCCCCUCUGCCAGGGCAGUACACAGUCCAGAACUCUGGGGGUAUCGGGCGGUAUCCCCCUUACUGAGCGAGUGCUGUGUGGGACAAUGGUUUUAAACGUGUAUAUAUCGAUUGUACAAGGUUUUGGGAAGCUUGUUCUUGCUGGAUGGUAGAAAGAGGCUCCAUACUUGGACACAGUGGAAGCAGGACGGUACUUUUUGAAUACAAUCGUAUCCCUCCCCCACCUCUCCACACAGGGGCUGCUCAUUCACAAUGAAUUACUGAAGAGUUCCCAAACCAGGGGGCGGGGGUAUUUGUAUACAGCAGAGGUGAAGCUUUAGCAGCUAUGCUAACUGUCCAGGGGAGAGUAAAUAUGUAUUCAGGGUGACUCCUCCGCUAUGAAUUAUUGAAGAGCCCCUCUUUCCACAAUGAUUGUAAGGAGGUCCUGCUGGAGGUAGAGUCCCAGCCGGGAGCUGAGAUCACUAAAGAGCUGGAACAGUUUGCCAGUGUCAGCACAUUCUUUUGCACUCUGAGAACCGGUUUACCCUCCCGUCCCCGUUUUCAAAUGGGUGCCCAGUAUGUUUAGGGUUGUUGAUGCUGGAUUGAGAAUGCAUUUUGCUUCCAUUUAGAUGCAUUAUUGUGUUCUACAUGCAAAAGCCCAUUGUUUGUGAUUCACAGUGAGAACCUGGGGCCAGUUCCAUAAAACACCUCGAGUUAAGUUUCUCCUUUUAAUAGUUUUACUCAAGUGUAAUACCUUUUAUAUCCUUGCUAAACUUAAUACUUCAGGUGUUUAUUGCAUCUGGCUCCUGACAUCUAUUGAGUCAAGGGCUUGUAGAAGAAGUUUAGUUGUCUGUUUGCCCUCACCGCGUCCCGAAGCGAGGGUCAGGUUAUUUCCAUUGAUGUUUCAGCUGCGUAGUUUUCAAGAACGGCACAGAAGUGAGCAUGGCCGGCUAACCAUUCUCAGUCUUGCCUUUUUUCAGUUUUUUUAUUUUUAAGAAAACUAAUCAGCUGAAAUGUCAAUUUGCUAACCUAUUGAUAUUGCUUAAUAAUCCAGAUGAAGCUUGGAAUAGACCUGUUCUUACUCUAUUGCCUGUAAGCAGACAGUAGCCUACCUUUUUCUACUUGCAUUCUUUUAAAGAGCGUAAAAGAAGACGCCAUGAUUAGAUUGCUCUCUGCCUCCCUCUGUCUUCCAGUCUGCUUUAUCUAUUAACCAAGUUUGGCUUUGCUCUGCUGCACAGAGGCUGCCAGGGAGUUAAGUUUUGAUUGGUUCAUUUGUCCUGCUUUUAUUAAUAGUCCUUCAGAAAUGUCCUUGCCUGGCUCCUAUAGCCAAUUGCAGAUGUCGUUUAGUCCCUCUACUCUCGUUCUUUACUAUGCCUUUGUUACAAUCUACUUCAUACAAUGAACCAAUUCAAACCAUGAACUGUACCUAAUGUAAAAAAAAAAAUCAUCACAUUAACAUACGAAAAAUACACGUAGCAACAGGAAUGACCAGCUACAUUUAAAUGCAAAUAGGCUUCUGUUUAUUUGGAAUACUGGAUAUUCUAGUCCCGCUAACCCAAUAUUCAGAAUACAGUCGUCUCUUUCCCAAAUGGUGUGUGGGGGUUUGUAGAUCGAAUACAAAGGGAAUUAUCUUUUUAAAAUAUGUUCAAACAGACCCCAUUCUGAAUGUGACAGCCUGCAUGUCUACUGUAUUUUGGAAGGACUCCUGCCUGUAAAUGCCGUAUUGGAAAUGUGUAUCCAGGAAUGCUAUUGUGAAUACUACUUCUGCAUCUGGGGUCUGCCAUGCUUUGUAAAUGUAUCCACUCCUUCACUUCAGUACCACAGGGCAGUACUAAUGCUUGUGUGUUGGUACUGUCCAAUGACUAGCUCUGUAACAAGCUGUCUGUUUGCAAAUGCACCUUCUGCAGGCCUGUCCACUGUUUCUAAGUUUUAAGUAAUCAGAAUUAA